UCCUUCCCUCUCCCACCCUCUCCUCUGUCCCAUCUCCGGCCAGCUCUUUCGUCCUCGUCCUCGCCGUCGUCAGCGCACCGGCCGGUCGUCGGUUCGGUCUUCUCUGUUCAUCCUCUUUCAAUUCUCGGCCGUGGCGGCGGUUGCACCACCACGUACGACGACGACGUGCGCCAUUGGGAAAUAGUGGUGGUGGUGGGUGAUCUCUAUAUAUCGAUCCAUGGCGAAGCGGGGCGGCGGCGCAAAGAAGAAGCUGAGGAGAGGGCUGUGGUCGCCGGAGGAGGACGAGAAGCUGAUGAACCACAUUGCCAAGUACGGCCAUGGAUGCUGGAGCUCUGUCCCCAAGCUCGCAGGCCUUGAGAGAUGUGGGAAGAGCUGCAGGCUGAGGUGGAUAAACUACCUCAGGCCAGACCUCAAGAGGGGAGCAUUCUCACAGGAAGAAGAAGACCUCAUCAUCCAUCUCCAUUCCAUGCUAGGAAACAAGUGGUCUCAGAUUGCGGCGCAGCUGCCGGGGAGGACGGACAACGAGGUGAAGAACUUCUGGAACUCGUACAUCAAGAAGAAGCUCCGGCAGCGCGGCAUCGACCCGGCCACCCACAAGCCGCUCGCCGAGGUGGCCGCCGCCGCCGCCGCCGCCGGCGCCCGCACGCCGGCGGUGUUCAGCGAGGCCGAGCUCAUCCUGUCGUCCAUCGGCGGGGGCACCCACCAGCCGCCGCACAUGCCGCCGCCGGCGCUGGUGGCGGCGGCGGCGGCCGCGGAGAGCUACAUGUACUACGACAGCCGGUGCAGCACGGAGUGCGGCGCGAGUGUCGGAGGCGGCGGCGCAGGCGGGUGCAGCGACGGGUCCCUGUCGUCGCUGUCCGGAUACAGCCAAACGACAGCGGAGUUCACGGGCUACGCUGACGCGGCGAACACGCUGCACUGCGGCCCCUCCGCCGGUGGUGGCGCCCCGGCCGCGGCGGUUAUCCCGUCGGUGUCGAGCUCCAGCACGCUGAACUCGAUGGCUGGCCUAAGCCCCGCGGCCACCACCACCACCACCACCACCGACGAGCAGUGCAACAACAGCCGAGGCCGAGGCAGCCCCACCAACCCCGACCUCCCAUGGCUGGAGCUGGGCCCGAGCACCGCCGCCGCCGCCGACGUCGACCACUACGGCGCCGCUCUGGACGAGCUCAAGUGGUCCGACUACGUCUUCGACGGCGCCUACGGCCAGCUCCCCCCGUUCCACCACGCCAUCCAAGGACAGUGCAUCUAUGGCGACAGCAAGGACACGGCGGCGGUGCACUUCGACGCCCAUGGCCUCGGCAACUGGUGCUAGCUAGAACGGCGGCGAGCGAGCUAGCAAUCAUCACCCAAUCAAUUAGGCGCCAUAAUUGCAUGCCGCAUGCUACGUCGUAUCACGUACGUAUACACUGCUACGUACGUACGCAUACGCUUCAUGGGUUUUCAAGUAUAUAUACGUACAUAUACGCGUACCAGCGUACGUAAUUAAGACAGCUAAUGUUUGGUGAGAGAUCAAGGUUUUGGGUUGUAAUUUCCUCCUUUUUUUUCACGCUUUAAUUUGCUUCUUUUCUCCUUUGACGAUCGAUGAUAACGAUUGAUCCGUCGGGCUUUUGCUGCUUUUGCGUGACAUGAUUGUGAUAAUCAAACUCUUUAAUCGAUCUCGGGUACAGCACAUGUAAAGUUUUCACAUCCACGAUUAUAUAUAUAAUUAUAUAUAAAUAUAUAGACAUUGAUG